AUGAUUUUCACACUACUUCCGUUGCUAUUUGUUCAUGCAGCCAGCGAUGAAGCCAUACAUCCUGAUGAUGUUGCAUGGGGUGUUUGCCGACGGUUUAAUGAAAAGGAAUGGUUUUACUACUACAUGAAUUUCCUGUGUCCACUAGAGUAUGAUGACAAAUGCGACGAUCCUAUAUUCGACCCCGAGGGAUUAUUCAAAUAUCGCUGCCAAACAGUUUAUCCACGUGAUGAUAAAUUAUUUACGGUUGAAACUGUCAACGCUAGCACGUUACUGCGUAUGCUACAGCAUACAGACACGUAUAAGCGAACUUGGUGUAUGAUAACGUUGUUCUACUCACCGACGUGCCCGUUCAGUGCACGCAUUGCACCUUACUUCAAUGCUCUUCCACAAAUUUACAAUGGAAGUAUGAAGUUUGUGGCGUUUGAUGCUACGGAGUUCACUAAGUUGAACUCUCGUUACGGUGUAUCUGGUACACCGACUAUUAUGUUAUGGGUCAGUGGAGCUGCUGUUGCACGGAUGGAAGACCGUGCGCUUAACGACAUGGGACUCAUGUCAUUCGUGUACGACUGGACGGACGUACAACCAGUGUUUGGUACUGCACGUACAGCAGAUGGGCCGCUGCAUAUUGUGUAUGAUGAUCGUCCAGAUCUUUUUUAUCUAAGCCUUUCGUUGCUUGUGGCCUACGCAGUCGUGAUCUAUUGCUUACGAGAACGGAUAUGCGAGAAUCCGCGUGUACAAAGCGCUCUUACAUGGAUGACAGCGAAAAUGGAUGCCUUUGGUGAUUAUAUUGCUCCACAGCCGAGGCCGGAACGAGCCCAGCGUUGAAAUUCAGUGUAAAUCGAUGUAUCGAUAGCAGCUGCCUGCACCAUCGAAUCACAACUAAAAAUCACAUUGUGUCGAGAUCUCGAGCGAUUACCACCUUGUUGUUAUCUACUUCGAUAAAGUUGACCAUCGAGCUUUGCGGGUUACCUUCUCUCCAUGUACCCAUAGCCAUGUAUUUCCUUGAAUUUCAGAGUUUUUUUAUAAGUUUGUUCGAACUUCUACUUUCUUGUCAGCAAUUUUUAUCGUAUUUUGUUCCCAGCGACUAAUGAAUUCUGUUUUUGC